AAAUAUACGCUAUUAGAGAAUAUUUAAUUGCAGAAAUAAAAGCGCUAUCGUAGCGGAAGCAAAGAUAGCACGACGAAAUACCGCUAUUUAAUGCCCUCGACCUAUUAUGACGGGCGAUGAUACAUCGCUUAGAAAACCGCUAUUGUAUCGUUAUAUAGCGUUAUUCGUCCGCUAUUAAAACACAUUUUGCUUGUAGUGACAGUUUCGGGACUGUUCUACUUGAAUGUUCUCCGCAUGAUUGCUCCAAAAAAACAUCUUCUCUUCACUCUUCUACCAACUCCAGACCUGUAAAAAAUCAAAAAUGACUAAACUGACAUAGAUUAGUGAUUUGAAACAAAUGAAAACAUAUAUACAAUGAUGUGAAAAACACCAUAUAUCAAUUCCCAAACGAAAAAACACGAAACAAAAAAUUAGAUAAAAAUGCGUAUGUAUAAGUGGGGUCUUAAGACACUAGCAACAUACAAUAACUGUGUUAUCUCGAGCUGCAACUUGAUCUAAUUAGUGGACUAUCAAGCACUGCCUGUCCUGCGAUGCAAAAUCAUCUUUUAUGUCAACAUCUUCGUAUAGAAUAAUACUAGUCAGCAGAAUACAAACCAAUGAAAAUACUAUGAAUUUUUUACAAAAUUAUAUAUAAUUAAAAAUAAACAGAAAUAAGCUUUUAAAUGGUGAUGGUUUCGUCGUAUUCUUUUUUUUGGUAAUCUUCGUCGCAUUCAUUACUUAAAACUUAAAACAUUCUCAAUUACUUUUCCUUCUCCUUUUCUUUUUCUACACGUCUCUAUGGCUCCUAUAACUUCUCUAGCUCUCAGGACCUAGGAUUUGCACUGUUAGUCAUCUCCUUUCUUCGUCUCUCUAGCUACACGUUUCACAGGAGAUCAGAAACAACAAUGAGUCAAUACAAUCAACAUCCCGUUGGUGUUCCUCCUCCUCAAGGUUAUCCGCCUGAGGGGUAUCCACCGCAAGGAUAUCCUCCUCAGGGGUAUCCGCCUCAAGGCUACCCACAGCAGGGCUAUCCACCACCGCAGGGUUAUCCUCAGCAAUCUCCUCCUUAUGCACCGCAAUAUCCACAGCAGCAUCAGCAGCAACAACAGAGCAAGCCUGGGUGUCUAGACGGAUGUCUUGCUGUUCUCUGCUGUUGUUGUCUCUGUGAUUUAUGCAUCUUCUGAUUGGAGUACCUGCUCGGAGCUGCUUUUUAAUUGCAAGAGAGUGUUUGGCGACACAAGAUCAUUUGUUGCGUAAUGGGCAUUAAAAUGAAUUGCUUGGAUACAAUCUCUUGUAUAUCCUCUGUCGUAUUAUCUUUUAUGUUUUUCGAUUCAUAAAUAACAUAUUGUCUAUCGACUUUCUGGCUUGGUUUGGAUUUGAGACUAGCGGGAAUGUAAAUUGGUGUGGUUGUGGAGACACUAUUCCUUUUAUUUACUUCCGUAUGUCAUUGGAUUUUUUUUUAAUACA